UUCAAUCUCAUGGAAUUUCUAUCCCCCAAGUCACGCCUUAUGCGAAGGCUAUAUUCCACUUCCGUCACGCUUGCUUUAACUUCAUUUCCGCCAAUAUAUUUUCUCCCGCCAAUCCAGAAAAUAAAUAGAAAGUAGAAAGCAUACGCAUUCGAUAGAGCCGCGAUCGAAUGCCAGACGCAGCUAUGGAUCUUCCGGUCGUCGAUCUCGCCCCAUACAUCGAGAUCUCCACCAAAAACGACGGUGGCUUUUUGCCGAUUGAGGUGAGGGACCUGUGUUUGCAAGUGAGCAGGAGCUUGCGGGAGACGGGAGCUCUUCUGGUCAAAGAUCCGAGGUGUUCGACGGAGGAUAAUGAUCGGUUUCUUGAUAUGAUGGAGAGAUAUUUCGAGAUGCCCGAUGAGUUUAAGCGGAAACAGGAGAGACCCGAACUCCAUUACCAGGUUGGUGUUACACCUGAAGGAGUAGAAGUUCCACGCAGUCUGAUAGAUUCGUUUUUGCAACAAAAGAUAAAGAUGAUGUCACCUGACUCCCAACCAUCCAUUCCUACUAGGAAAGAUCCUAAAUGGCGUUAUAUGUGGAGAGUUGGUUCUCGCCCCAAAAGCACUCGCUUCAAGGAAUUAAACGCAGAGCCUGUAAUACCUGAAGGAUUUCCUGAAUGGAAAGAAACCAUGGAUUCGUGGGGUUCGAAAAUGAUUUCUUCUAUCGAGGUUGCAGCUGAAAUGGCUGCUGUUGGAUUUAACCUUCCGAAAGAUUCAUUCACUUCAUUGAUGAAACAGGGUCCUCACUUACUCGGUCCAACCGGAAGCAACCUCCAGCGCCAUGGCUUCGAGGGAACUGUGUUUGCCGGAUAUCAUUAUGACCUCAACUUCUUAACAAUCCAUGGUAGGAGCAGAUUCCCUGGCCUCAAUAUAUGGUUGAGAAAUGGACAGAAAGUUGAAGUUAAGGUCCCUGUGGGAUGCCUUCUUAUCCAGUCGGGAAAACAGCUAGAGUGGCUUACUGGUGGUGAAUGCUUGGCUGGUAUGCAUGAAGUUGUUGUGACUGACAGAACUCUAAAUUCCAUUGAAAUAGCACGGCAACAGAACCACAGCCUAUGGAGGGUUUCUUCUACUCUAUUCGCACACAUUGCUUCCGAUGUGGUGCUACAGCCUUUGGGCCACUUUGCUGAGGCGCCAAAUGCGAGCAGAUAUCCUGCCCUAUAUGCAGGUGAGUAUGUAGAACAAGAACUUUCAGCCAUCAAUCUAAAAGGAAGCAAGACAGUUCACUUAGGCUAAGCUUGAUAAAGCUAAAGUAGCUAAAAAUUUAUAAUAAGAAUUGAUUAUUACGGAUGUUCAAUGAUUAUUGACACUGCCUCUCUUGUUUUUUUAUUAAUUUUUCUGUUCCUCAUGAAACCUCUUGAAGCAGUGAAAUGUUUGUCAUUCAUGCAAACUACUUGCAGGAAAUGGUAACCGCCCCUAAUAAAGUAAAAACAUGUUUUAAUU